UAUUGAACGUUUCAAUACUAUAAGAUACCCUUUCACGAGCUUGGCUUCAGCCAGAAGAAUUAGGACGCAGGACUACAACAUGGACGCACUGUGCCGUGUUGUGCUCUUUCUUUUUGUAUGUGGCAAUGGAAAUACCAGUGCCAUGACAUGUACACCAAAAGAAACAAAUCAAGAUUCUUACGAGAACAGCGUACAUGCAGAAAAUGCUUACGCUAAUUUCAGUUACCGGCUGACGACCUCAAGAAUGAACGAGACUUCAGAAGAUUCCAAUUUUCGCAUUGAAGUAAAAUUAUAUGACGCUGGUACACUUCGUACAGCUUGCGUAUGCCUAUGGCUCUCAAGAAAUGAUCCAGUAUGUAAAAUUCUCUGGAAUGAUUCGAUCUGUGAGGCAGAUACGUCUGAAAUGCAUUUUUCGUUGCUUAUCAAAAGAACAUAUACAAAUAUCACGUGGGUAUGCUUUCAACAGAACUACGCCCCAGUUGUUCUGAAACAGAGGACGUUACAAGUCACCUAUUCGCCAAAAAUCACAGCGUUGCAUGUAAACGGACAGGACGUCAAUGGAACACACGUUGGCGAGCAACAUCAAGAGGUUAACAUUUCCUGCUACUUUACUAAUGGAAGCCCACUUGUCAGCAUUCGAAUAUUGGAUGACACAGGACACACACUGAGUUCCACAACACACGGACAGGGACCCCUUAUGCUCUCACUUGGAAUUUAUCAUUGUCAGGACAACUGGCCGGUCAUCAGAUGCGAAGCUCUGGGCUCGGAGAUAAACCGAUCUGUGGCCAUAGUUGUCAGAUGUCCACCUCAGCUUUCCUACAUGACUUCUCAAAUUGCCGAUCUGAAAACAAUUCAAGAUGGAGGGAUGACUUUUGCCAUGAAAUCCUAUACAGGCGACAUCAGGAAAUGUCUCAUGACCCAGGUGCAGUCCCGUUCUUCCGCCAGAGAAGUGAAGUGUGAUGUACGCGGACAUCCCCCACAGUUCACACUGACCCUGAGACCUUUCAAUGAAUCCUGGAUUGGAGAAGGGAUCUGGACAUUGCAAGUCAUGAAUGAGUUGGGUGCCUCAAGCAUUACUUUUCACCUUAUCAACAAUACAGGUUAGGAAGUGUACAUUAUAAGUACAGUUCUUGCAGUCUGAUUUGUUCAUUUUCGGUAACGUGUUAAUUCAAGUAUAUGGAUAAUGUUGGGUUCCCCAUCCCUUAUUAAGAGACAUAAAGAAACUGAUAUAGGAUAAAUACAGAAAGAUUUCCAUAAAUGGAUUUAUCACUAUUUUUUUUUUCUUUACUGUAAACUUUCACUUUUAUCUUAGUUUGUAUAAGGCACAGUAUAACGUUUUCUUUAUAACGAUAAUAAAU